CUUCCAGCUUUUAUUCUUUCAUGCCUUGUAAAGAUCUUAUAUACCCCCAUUUAACUUCUAUCUUCCAAAUGUUUUGUUUUAGGGCUUAGAUCGCGGAGCUAUGGGGAUGGUGGAGGCGCUGAUCCGGCAUCCCGGCGAGCUGCCGGCGCUCUUGCAGAUGAAGCUCGCAGCUGCGCGCGCUGCUCAUGCAUUCCCGGCGGAUCCACACAUGGCCUACUGCUACCGGAUCUUGCUGCUCGUCUCCAGGAGCUUCGCGGUUGUCGUCCAGCACCUGAAUCAGGAGAUUCGCGAUGCGGUGUGCAUUUUCUAUGUGGUGUUACGUGCGCUGGAUACUGUUGAGGAUGAUAUGAGCAUUCCCGUGGAAACGAAGACUACUGUGCUGGAGGAAUUCUACAAACACUUGGAGGAUCCAUCUUGGCGAUUCGUUUGUGGAGAAAAGCAUUGCAGGGAGCUCAUGAAGAACUUCAAUCACCUGUCUCUUGCGUUUCUUCAGCUGUCCAAGGAAUACCAGUGUGUUAUCAGCGAUAUUACGAAAAGGAUGGGAUAUGGGAUGGCUGAGUUUAUUCGGAAAGAGGUCGUUACAGUAUCGGAUUAUGACAAGUACUGCUAUUAUGUGGCGGGUUUAGUUGGAGUUGGCUUGUCACAUCUUUUCAACUCUUCACGACUUGAAGACCUGGAUCAGAGACUUAUAGAACCUGAUAAUGACCAAUCAUUAGUUCCCGAGUACCCUGCAAUUUCAAUGGGCCGAUUCUUGCAGAAAGUCAACAUAAUAAGAGAUUACCUGGAAGACAUCAACGAGCUUCCAGCCCCUCGUAUGUUUUGGCCCCGUGAAAUCUGGGGAAAGUAUGCUCCGACUUCUCUCCUUUCGGACUUUAGAGACGAGAGCAACGAGAAGGAAGCUGUUGAAUGCCUAAACGACAUGAUUACCGACUGCCUUAGACACGCGCCAGAGUGUCUUUUCUACAUGUCCAAGCUUAAAAAUCCUUCAGUGUUUCGGUUUUGCGCUGUGCCACAGGUCAUGGCUAUAGCUACUGCGGCAGUGUGCUACAAUAAUCCUCAAGUUUUUAGAGGGGUUGUGAAGAUACGGCGUGGGACAACCGCGAAAAUAAUAGUGACAACGAAUAACAUGGCUGACGUCUGUGGAGCAUUUUAUGACUUCGCGAGUAUUCUGGCGUCAAAGAUAAAUAAGAACGAUCCGUCGGCUUUGAUCGCUGCCGAACGUGUAGAGAAUAUAUUCAAGGCUUGUCGACAGUAUGGCUUGUCAUCCAGCAGGAAGAAUUACACAAUUGAAACUGGCGCUAUCUCUGCAAAGAGAAGUUUCCUGGUUAUUCUUGUGUUUGUGUUGGUAUUCUUAUAUGUGCUAGUUUUGCUAUUCUUUAAAGUUUAAAACGACUGCCAAAAAAGGUUCUUUUGUGCCUAAUUCGGAUAAAAAA